AUGGGCAACGACGGCCACGAGGCCCGCGUCCGGUCCUGGGGCUUCGGCCACGUCUUUACCUGGAGCGACGGGGCCAACGCUCACUACCCGCCUCACCGGCACGCUGGCUCCACGACGCACCUCAUCGUCUCGGGCGAGAUGACGCUGUGGUACCCCGACGAGGCGGACCGCGAAAAGGUCACCUACGGCCCCGGGGCCAGGGUCGACGUCGAGGCCCAGAGGAUGCAUGAGGUUUGGAUUGGGCCGCGAGGUUGUACCUACGUCAUUGGCGAGUGA